GACUUGCCAACCAGUGCAUUGAGUGCUCCGGCGAAGGCCCCACAGGGCCCGACUGAGCCGCAGCAAGAGAAGCUUUCAGUGAAAACGGAGCCGCAGCAACUGCAACCACUGCAAGACCAACCGACUGAGCCACAGCCAGAGCAAGAGCAACCGACUGAGCCACAGCCAGAGCAUCAAGAGCCCCAGCCUGAGCCACAGCCAAUUGAGUCCGAUGAUUCCUGCCCUGGCCCAAGUCCAUGUGCUAUGGCUACCAUGGCUUUGAGAAAGGUAAAGGAGGAGGAACACGAGGAAGAAAUGAAGCAAGAGUCUGAGUCUGAGCCAGAAGAAGCAGCAGCACUCCACCAGCAGCAUCCCACCGGUAGAGAGGCAGUCCUGGAUCCGGACGAGGAAUUUGGAAUCAGACUACAAGAAAUGAUUGAUGCUGAAGAGACAUCACCAGAAGCAGCAUCGGGCGAUGAAGUUUGGGCCAGAGCUGCCGCUGCCGGCUUAGCUGCUGCCACAGCCCCAGCAGCAGCUGCAGAAGAUGCUGUCACAGCAGAAGCAGAGAAUCCAGAAGAAGCCAAGGAUGCUGCCACAGCAGAAGCAAAGAAUCCAGAAGAAGCCAAGACAGCAGCAGCACCACAAUACAGCAAUACAGACGGCAAAGGCAAUGGCGACACAAAGACUCGCAUUGAUAGAUUCUUCAAGGUGAAAGUGGCUACUCCCUUCAAUAGCGAUGAGAACAGCACUGUUCUCAGCAGCUUGGCAAAGCAUUCAGAGUCACUCCCUGAUGGAGUUGUCGCCGGUGGUGGCUUUUCACUCCCUCAGCCGCUGGAGUCAGAGUCAAAGGAGGAUGCAAAUGACAAGAGCAGUAGCAAAAAGCCCAAGGACCAUGAGAAGAAAAGCAAGGACAGGGACAGGGACAACAAGAAAGAGUCAAAGUCAAAGGAGGCUGCGAUUGACAAGAGCCACAAGAAGUCAGAGAAGCAGGAGAAAAAGAGCCAUCACAAGGAUAAGGACAAGAAUCGUGACAAGAAGAAGAAGGAUAAGAAAGACAAGAAAGAUAAGAAGAAGAAGGAUCAUGACCGUCGUGAUGACCGUACCCAGAAUCAUGAUGCGACUCCGACUCGCGAGAAGAAGAGCAAGGGGAACGAUGACAGUCUUUGUGAUGAGGCGACGAUGCCGGAUGAAUCCUACAUGCCAAAUCCAUCCGCCAAGGCCGCCAAUGGCAAAGCUGCCAAAACAGCUUCUCGGGCGGCAGCCGCGAAGGCCAAGGCCAAGGGGGCUCCCAAGUCCGCA